AUACGCUCAUUAAAUUAGUAUCUGCACUUCGUAGGUUUCUGGUUUAAGGUUAGGAUUCUUGCAUUUCAGCAUGCCAAGAAUUCCUCUGCCGUUGCAUAAAAUACCAUUGCCUGGGUACAAGCCUGGGAGAUCUAGUUGGACUCAUAAGCUGCCAAGAAACUCAUAUUUGUUUGACCCUGCUGUGAAAUACCCAAUUUAUUCAAAGUUACCAGAAAAAUGGCGGGAAGAUUAUGAAGAACCAAAGCCAAUGUUGUAUCAGAAGAUUGAAACAGGAACUAAAAGGCCACAGGCUUCAGGACUAUGGGUAAAAGGUAAAAACGGCGAACCUCAAAGAGUUGCGAAUAUACCUUUGCAAGUAAGGUACCCUCCUGAAUCACGAGAAGGGUUAUGGGGUGGGGAGGGGAUAGUUUGGGGGUUUAAAUAUGCCCGCGGGAAAAAGAUGUCAAGAAAAUACUACAAAGUGUGGAAACCUCAACUGUUUACGAGAACUUUGUACAGUGAGAUUUUGGAUAAAAAGUUUAAAACAACUGUUACUGGGUUGACUCUUGACUUGAUUGACGAAGCUUAUGGAUUUGAUUUUUUUAUUCUUAACACCUCGUCUACGGUUCUACAGGAGUUUGGUUCAAAACUGAAAAGAGAAAUAUUGCUACGUUUAGCAGAUAAAGACAAUCUAUUUCCCAACAAUCCUGUUAAACAAGAAGAGAUUCUCAAAAAAUAUGGAAAAUAUAUUAUGGAUAAAGAAGAGGCAAGUUGGGUUGGAUUAACUUUAAAAGAAGCUUUGGAAAAACAAAUGAAAAUCGAACUUGAAAAUAGAAAGCCAGUUCCUUUGCUGGAAAAAUAUACAGAACAGUUGAAAGAACAACUUAAGUUGUCACAAACUGUAGUAUCUGAAGAUGCUGCGUUGCAUCUACAUAGUGCUAAGAAAUAGUCAAAAUCAAACCAUUUUAAAAUUAUUAUUUUUAUCAAAUUGUAUAAAGUCGAUCUGUGGUAAAUUUAAUUGGCUUUGGGUAAAAUUAACUGAAUGUCAUGUCAAGUUUUUUUUGCUGCUAUGUGCCAAUGUCUAUGACAUGCUUAUUAUGUUACAG